CCUCACACGACGCCGCCGCAAUGGAUUCCAAAACAGAGGUCAAAGUUCCCGUGCGCCUGAGCACCCGCGAUCCUUCCAUACAGCUUGAGCAAGAACCCGGUCCCUUGCUCGUGCAGACCACUCUCAGGCGUCCACAGCUCUCCGCGCUCGUAAAUAGCCUCCUCCGCCCAGACGAUAAACCGAUACCUUUUGACAUCCUCAUCAAUGGCCAAUUUCUGCGCACUACGAUUGACGAAUUUCUCACCAAGAAUGGCAUAUCAGCGGAAACGACACUGGACGUCGAGUACACGCGCGCGCUUAUCCCACCGCUCAAUGUAACAAGCUUUGAGCACGACGACUGGGUAUCUGCGGUCGAUGUCCUCUCUGCGUCUUCGGUGGCCGGCGUCUGGUCUGGAGGCCACGUACAAAGCGGACAGGAGCGCAUAUUGAGCGCGAGCUACGAUGGAUUGAUACGGGUAUGGGACAUGUCAGGAAACGUGCUCGCAACGUCGGACGCACCGAACAACGGCGGUCGGAUAACCAGCUUGAAGAGCGCAAAGUGGAUCUCGGACAAGAAGAUUGUGGUUGCAGGCAUGGAUAAUACAGUGCGCUUAUACAAGUAUGACGAAGACACGCGGACCAUCGCACCAAGCGUAGAGCUCUUCAGCCAUCGCUGGGGCGUCGAAGACCUCGCCGUCCACGGCCCCUCGAACCGCAUUCUCUCUGCCUCAGCAGACACCACGGUUUCUCUCUUCUCCUCCAACGCGAAAGAAAACCCUGCGCCUCCAUCAGAGCUCCUGCCCUCUUCAAAUACUGCCGCGAACAAACGGCAAAAACUGUCCAAACCUGAUAAGACUGUCCCUGCGCGCGGCGCCCUAACUAAACUUUCUGGCCAUGCAUCACCCGUUUCGAGUGUCAUUUUCAAGCCGGACGACGCCACCGUUGCCUACUCCGCAUCGCACGACCACAGCCUGAAGACAUGGGACCUGUUGACUUCCACAUGUGUGGACACACGAACAACCGGCCACUCUCUUCUUUCUCUCGGCGCGCUACCCAAGCUCAAUCUCCUUGCCGCAGGAACGUCAGCGCGACACAUAACGCUCAUCGACCCGCGUGCUUCAGCUGCACAGAUCAGCGUGAUGACGCUGAGAGGCCACAAGAACGCGGUCGUUUCACUCGACGCCGAUCCAAGCUCAGACUACGGCCUGCUUUCUGGCUCGCACGAUGGAACCGUGCAGGUAUGGGACGUGCGCAGUGUACGGCCUUCAGAAGUGCAAGGCGAAGGCCAACUUGGCGAGAGCAUGUACACCAUCUAUAGGGACAGCGCAAAGGGACGUCCUACGCACAGUCACGGAGAAGACGUGAAGGUAUUUGGUGUGCGGUGGGACAAGGAAGUCGGUAUUGUCAGCGCCGGCGAAGACAAGAGGGUACAGAUCAACAGGCCGGUGGGUUCAUGAGCGACAGCGACCAAGGAAAGGAAAAACGCAUUGUGUCCAACUACUGGACUACAUAGACAGAAAGUAUGAGCAUUGGGCGGCGUUCUGGCGCAGCGAAUGGAUUAGAUACCAACCACGUAUGGACGACCUG